AUGAGUUUUAAAUUCUUGGCGAAAUUAAAUCCACAACAGAUACUUAGCAGUGGUGGACGUUCGCAUUUGUUCAACCCUUCACAGAGCUCGUUGAUCGGCGUAAGAAACUACAGAAGAAAGUCAAAUAAAGCAGAGAAAGACAUUGAAGAUGAAUAUGUAUUUAGAAAUGAAUCUGUUGUUAUUCAACCUGAAAAAAGAAGAGUAGGAAGACCCAAGAAGUCAUCUCCAUUUACAACUGUAGCCACAGAGAUUCAUGAACCAGUUGUCAAUGAGAGAGUAGAUACUCCUCAUACUGUCAAAGAGAAUCACAAGAGAGCAAGACGAUUUGUUCAGCACUUAAAGACUCAAGGUCAGAAGACAGAGGAGAUGGAAAAGCCAUUGUACACAAUGUUUACAGGUAAAGGUUCUCUUACAGAUAGUGGCUUCGUCUUUUGA